UGCAAACCAUUACUUCAAUAUUUUAGUACUGGAGAUUUCUUGUAGUAAUUGACAGUGACUUCCAACUUCCCUGAAUAUUUUAUGCUUUUUAUUAUUUGUGUUUACUUCAGUUAACAUUUAACAGCAAGCUUUUGUUUUUCAUAAAGUGACAACCUUCAGGACCAUUCAAUUUUUCUUUUUCUUCUUCCCAUUUUUUUUUUUUAAACAUUUUGAUAUGCUAGUUGGAGGACAGCAUAUAUCAGUUAACCUUUCGGCCAAUAUUUUUUCUGUCCUUUCCAUUUGUUGUUACUAAGAAUCUUCUUUGUAGAGAAGUCUGACCAUUGACAACCUGUUUUCAAUCCCCUUAAAUACAUAGUACUACAUAUUAAACUCACAACAACUCUUGCAAACAGUUUAAGCCUUUGUGCCACUGUUGGCAUUCUUAGGAACAAAUCUUGAAGCAUUUUACUCUUUAUUUUUCAACUUUAUUUUUUGUGCUAUGCUAAUGAAAGCAAGAAGGGGAAGGAGAUCUCAGGCCUUUUGGCCAUCAAUUGUGAUGAAGAAAUGGCUAAAUAUUGCACCUCAGGUGUAUGAUUUUAGUGAAGAUGAAGUUGACACCGAAACGGAGAGUGAGGAUGAUGCUUGCUCACUCAAAGAUGAAAGCAUUAUUGAAGAUCAUGAACAUAGAAAACCGGGGAAGCUUAACGAGUGUGAGACUCAAACUACAGGGAAACCUUCAGCUCCGAGACACCGGAGAGGGAAAUCAGAAACUUUGAGAGCUCAGUAUAUUAACACGAAAGAAGUCAGAGUUACCGUAGGUACUUGGAAUGUGGCAGGAAGACUUCCAGAUGAGGAUCUAGACAUCGAUGAAUGGCUUUGUAUGCAAGAACCAGCAGAUAUCUAUAUUCUCGGAUUCCAAGAGGUGGUCCCUCUGAGUGCUGGAAAUGUACUGGGAGCAGAAAACCGAAGACCAGUUCCAAAAUGGGAGGCGAUCAUCCGAAGAACAUUAAACAGGACGGAGGAACCUGAAACUAAGCUCAAGAGUUAUAGUGCUCCACCCUCUCCAGUUUUAAGGACUUCUUCGGCUGAUGACAUAAUUGCUGAUGUGGCUGAUGCUCCUGCGCUGGCUCAAAUGACAGAUGCAUCACUCAACGCAGCUAUGAUUUUUGAAAAUAAUACUAUCAGACUAGGAAACAAUCUCCAUUUAAAGAGGAUAUAUGGCAUUGAUUGUGACAGUAGAUUGGAUUGGCCUGAACGUUCACUGGAUGUAACACCUCAAAUUCUUUCCUCUAAUUUGAAGUUGAGGAGAGUGUUGAGUAGUACCGCGAGAGUUGGCUUUGGUAACAUAGACAAUCCUCUAGCUUUUGACAAUGGUUUGGACGGUAGAGGGUUAAAAAGGGUGCAUCAAAGCUCGGGAAACUUAGGUUUACUGUGGAUGGAUAAACAAGAAGAACCUGUGGUUCUUGAUGCUCUUUCUGAUGGCUCUGAUCAAUUUUGUGACGAGGAAAAUGACUUGUUCGAAGAAUUUCCAGAGGUCAAAGAAGAAAGUUCACUUCUAGAUUGUGCAGUGAAGUCGCGUCCAAUGUAUGUUCGUAUUGUCAGCAAGCAGAUGGUUGGUAUAUAUGUAUCAGUUUGGGUACGCAGAGGAUUAAGGAGGCAUAUAAAUAACUUGCAAGUCUCUGCUGUUGGAAUCGGACUUAUGGGAUACAUGGGAAAUAAGGGAUCUGUUUCUGUGAGCAUGUCUCUUUUCCAGUCGCGGCUAUGCUUUGUUUGUUCUCAUUUGUCAUCCGGACAAAAGGAUGGAGCUGAACAAAGGCGUAACUCUGAUGUCAAUGAAAUCAUGAGGCGUACUCGUUUCUCAUCCUUAUUUGACACCGAUACAGAUGAACCACAAACAAUUCCAUCUCAUGAUCAGAUAUUCUGGUUUGGAGAUUUAAAUUAUCGAAUCAGUAUGGCAGAUGCUGAGGUACGGAAACUUGUUGCCAAUAAGCAAUGGGAUGAACUUCUCAACAGUGAUCAGUUAAACAAAGAACUCAGACAUGGACAUGUGUUUGGUGGUUGGAAGGAAGGGUUGAUUAACUUUGCACCAACUUACAAGUAUGAACUCAACAGUGAUAGAUACAACGGAGAAAUUACUAAAGAAGGGGAAAAGAAGAGAUCACCAGCAUGGUGUGAUCGAAUACUAUGGUUGGGAAAAGGUAUAAAACAGCUCUUUUACAAGCGAGCAGAAUUAAGACUAUCAGAUCAUCGGCCUGUAAGUUCAAUGUUCUCGGUAGAAGUGGAAAUAUUUGACCACAGAAAGCUCCAGAGAGUUCUCAAUGUUAAAAGUUCUGCAAUUCAUCCUGACAUUCUGCUAGAAAUUGGAGAGUAAGACUUAAAGCUUCUGCAAAUAACUUGUCAUCAAACUUGAAAUUAGAUGAUUAUUUCAUUGGAGAAACUUCUUGAAUACAACUCGGGACGAGAAGAGCUACAAAAGAUAAGACUGCAAUUAUUGUAUCAAGACCAAAAUGUUAACUUCUGAAGGAUGAACAUCAUAUACUCGAGCAACGAAAAGCUGGCUACGACAGAAUGUGUAUAAUGUUGUUUAAAUCUAAAUAGUCAUUGGAAAAAGAAAAUUACUAAUGAUUUUCCCCUUGUAUUUGGUUUUGAUCGGGGACAUCCUAUACUGUAUUAGUUCAUAGGCUUGUUUCCCAUAGUGUGAAUUUUAGUUCAUCCAAAGGUAUUCAUUUUUCUUCUUAUUUCUUUGUUUGUUUACAUUUCCCAUUGAAAAGAAGGGAAUAGCUGUAUAGCUUAGUAAAUUCAGUUUAGGUAGCCAUUUCAAAGUUCUUACAUAUACAGAAGAAGUUUUAUGGUUGUAACUGAUUAAUUGAACAGAUAAAUAUAUUGAAUAAAAUUACUAGUUACAUUCCCUUCAUUAACUCAUGAAGGAAAGUUCUAGCUGGAGCUUAUUUCUUAGUCCAA